AUGGGUGCUGCAGCCGUGCACGGGCUGCUCCUCUGCACUUGCCUCUGCCUGCUUCUCGCAGGCGCCUCUGCCAGGCCGCAGAGGCGCCAUCCUCGCCAUGACGUGCUGCUGCCCGCCCCCAAGUCCCCAACCGAGGGGUCGGGCGGCGGCGACAGCGAUGGCGGCGACAGCGAGGUCGGGGCGACGAUAGUGGCGGCGGGCUUCGCAAAAUGGGUCAACAUUUCCAGCCGCCCAGCCGUGAGGAAGUUGUUCAAUGAGGCCUACAUGGCCGAGGCGGUCGACAUCAGCAAGACGGGCUUCUCCGCGACCAAGUGCACCCCAGGCACCCCGCCGGCUGCCUACAUCCAGUCGACGCUGAGGCGCAUCAACUUCUUCCGGGUAUGUGCGCAUGCAGCCCGGGAGGAGCCUCCCCACUGGAAGUGCUACAAGAAGGAGGGCGCCGAGGCGGCGGGCAAGUCCAACCUGUCGCUGGGCACGCACGGCCCAGAUGCGGUGGACAGCCAGAUGCGGGAGCGCAAGGGGUCCAACUAUGACGUGGCGCAUCGCCGCUGGCUGCUGUACCCCAACACCCCCCGCAUGGGCGUCGGCGGCACCGACUACUUCAACGAAGCCUUCAACUACUACGGCGCAACCGCCGUCUGGAUCAUCGACGACUCCACCUUCUCUGGCCCGCGCCCCGCCACCCGCAACAAGUAUGUGGCCUGGCCGCCCCCCGGCUACGUGCCUUACCAGGUGGUCUGGGCCCGCUGGUCCUUCUCCUACCCCGGCGCCGACUUCUCGGCCGCCAAGGUGACCCUGCGGCGCGGCACCACGCUGCUGGGCGUGAAGCGGGAGGCGCCGUCGGGGGGCAGCGCCGACAACACGCUGGUGUGGGUGGCCAACACCCAGAACAGCCUCUACAAUGAGGACCGGUUCGAGCCCUGGGACAAGCCCACUGCAGUGCAGAAGAUCAACGUCACCAUCACAGGGGUCAAGGUCCCAGCCUCAACGAAGCUCAGGACUUUCAGCUACCUCGUGCAGAUCUUCGACCCUGCUGCGUGA